AAAUAAAACCAACCUUUCGUCCCAAGAAUGCAUGUUCUGUCCUGUUUUCGGCGUCUUCUUAUUCUUUCCUUCUUACCCCGAUAAUUACUUGCUGCUGACGCUGGGCGUUCACAUAUUCUCAUAAUGCAGGAAUCGUGGAGUCGAUUCCUUUCUUUCGCUUUAUUGUUUGUGUUUGCGCUGCAGGCGGAGGCAUUACCAAAGAAGAAGGCGACGAGUGGUACUGGGACAAAUGUUGCAGCUGCUGCGGCUCCGAGCGCGAGUGGUGGGAUCACAACUGCGACAGAUGGAUCGACUAUUCUUGACAAGACAGUGCAGAUAAAUGGCCUCUCGAUUCGAUAUAAGAUUUCAGCUCCAGCUGAUCAAUUCACCGCCGCCUCGGGAGUCACAGGAGCAUCCGCAACUGCAAACACAACUGGGACCGCAGGUCUGAAUGUUCUCUUACAUGGCGAUGGUGGACAAUCAUUCUUCGACUUCCCAAAUCAGGCAGUUCAAAACAAUCUCAUGGGCGUGGUGGUCCUGGCUCCAAACAAGAACCUAUUCUGGGGCGGAGGAAGUGGAUUGCAGCGAACAGAUGGAGUCGCACAUGCUGCUGCAGUCAACAGCUUGAUCCAGAAUCAGCUUUCUCAAGACGUUGCGUUUGAUCCUGGGAAUGUGUUCUUCACUGGUGUGUCGGGUGGCUCUCUUCUACUCUCCGGUUUCUUCGUACCAGCUUUUGGAGCCCAAUAUAAGACUGGAGUUGUCCUGAAUUGCGGAGCGCUGGUACCGCAAGUCAAUGUCACCGAUGCCAACACUCUAGCAACGAGUAUGAAAAUUCAUUUCCAGAGCACGAAGGACGAAUUAGCUUUACUCCAACCCGCAAUCCCCAAAGCUAUCGCGGCGUACGAAAAGAUAGCCACUACGGUAGGAAUGUCCGCAGCGCAGAUUGGAACCAUGCAGACUGUUGACAAUACACCCAACGGAGGAGGUCAUUGCGGAUUCGAUGGAACGGGCUUCGUGAAGGGCGUUCAGCUCAUGUCGACCAAUUUCGCCAAUAUCAUGGGGCAGAAUGCUUCUGGAGAGGUUUCUGGGAUUGGAAAUGUCUUGACGACUGUGUUUGGGAAUGAGAAUGUGGUGUUCACGAGUGCGGGCCAGGCACAGAAAAUAUAGAUUAUACCCUGGUGCUAGAUCACCAAAUCCCUUGUCGAAUAG